CCCAAAUAUUAUUGAAAUCGAGGCGGUUAAAAAAGAAUGAAUACAAUCAACGAAAGUGUGAAAGACUGGGCAAAUAAAACGUAAAAUAGAAGUAAUAUGUUACUUCAAGAACCCGUACAGGCAGCAAUAUGGGAUUCCUUGAACCAUUAUGCCUAUACAGAUGCCACCUUCCUGGCAGAAAGAUUAUAUGCAGAAGUCUCAAAUGACGAUGCCCUACACUUAGUUGCAACAUGUUACUACAGAUCAGGCAAACCAAUCAAAGCCUAUAUGACGUUACAGAAACAUGGUUGUCCUACACCACAGUGUAAAUAUCUCCUGGCUAAAUGCUGCAUGGAUAUGAAUAAGCUACCUGAAGCUGAAAGUGUCCUUGCAGGAAAUAUUGUAAAUGCUAAAUCUAAAACACAUGAAGAAAUCGAGACUGAAUUUGGUGGUCUUGCUUGUCAUGUCUUCUCAACUCUCGGUGCUAUGUAUAGUAAAACUGAAAGAAUAUCAAAAGCCAUAGAAUGUUAUCGCAGGAGUUUGUCGUUGAAUCCCUUAUUGUGGUCUUCAUUUGAGAGACUUUGUCAAUUAGGUGACAAGACAGACCCAGUACAAGUCUUUCAUUGUAUUUCUACACCUAUACCCACUCAAGUCCCUACCAUCAACAUUCAGGCCCCUUUACAGAACCUUAAUGAUGUUUUAACACCACAACCACUCAUUUCCACAGAUAAUCAGACACCACAACCUUUGAUACAGAAUAGUACCAUGUCACAUACACCAGAAAAUUUUCCUGAUGCUACACAAAUUAAUGAAAAGUGUCCGCGUGUUAGACGUGGAUCUCGCUUGAAAGAUAUUCCAGAACGAUCAGACAUUACCAAAAAUAUAAUCAAACCAUUGUUUCUUAGUCCUUUAACUCCAAGUUUUGGAUUUUUACCUCUGGACACACCCAGUCCGGCUGGUUCUGGGAACAUUCCAUAUGAUACACCAUCACCGAUGGCGGAGAACACACUCAGAGCUCCGGGAGCACCUAGACGAACUGUUUCAGUGAGAGGAUCCCAGAAUCACCCAGUACCUCCUCCGGUAUUAAAUUUUUCGGGAAAUAAUACAAAUACCAGAGAAAAUCAACCAGGCAUUCAGAACAACCCACCUCCAGUAAGGAGAAGUUCACGUCUGUUUGGUAGUAAUAAUUCAAGUUCUGUGAAGGAAAAUAACAAAAGUCAUGGAACCAAAACACGUCUACAGAGUCCAAAGGCUUUAGGCAGAAAGUCAAAAACCAGAAGCAGUAAAUCUCAACAAGAACUCAACAAAAUAAAUAAGUCAGAACCUACCCUAGAUUCUAAACCUGUUCCCCAGGUGCCAACUCAAACUCAGAUCUUACAAAUGCAACAACAGUCUCUCACUGGUAUUUUACAUCUUCUACAAUGUAUUGGUAAAGCUUACCAGGCCCUGUCACAGUACGAUUGUAAAAAGGCUAUAGAAAUGUAUCAAGAUCUUCCCAUACACCAGUAUAACACAGCAUAUGUCCUUUGUCAGCUAGGCAGGGCAUACUUUGAAUUAUCUGAAUAUCAAAAUGCUGAAAGAUUAUUUGGUGAAGCAAGAAGUUUAGAACCUUACCAUUUAGAAGGCAUGGAAAUAUUUAGUACAACUUUGUGGCAUUUACAACGGGAAGUAGAGUUAUCUGCUCUUGCUCAAGAAUUAACAGAUAUGGAAAAAAAUUCUCCUGAGGCAUGGUGUGCUACAGGGAAUUGUUUUAGUUUACAAAAAGAACAUGAUACUGCCAUUAAAUUCUUCCAAAGAGCUAUUCAGGUUGAUCCUAAUUUUGCAUAUGCUUUUACAUUACUUGGGCAUGAAUAUGUGUUCACUGAGGAAUUAGAUAAAGCUAUGUCAUGUUUUAGAAAUGCUAUACGGGUGGACCCACGUCAUUUUAAUGCCUGGUAUGGUGUUGGAAUGAUUUAUUACAAGCAGGAAAAGUUUGAUUUUGCUGAAGUACAUUUUAGAAAAGCUUUACAUAUAAAUCCUCACAGUGCAGCACUUCUUUGUCACAUAGGAGUGGUACAGCAUGCCCAGCAGAAGUCAGAGAGUGCUUUAUCAACCUUAAAUAAAGCCAUAGCAACAGAUCCUAGAAACCCACUAUGUAAAUUUCACAGGGCAUCUAUAUUGUUUGCUAGUGAUAAACAUAAUGAAGCUCUUAAAGAAUUGGAAGAAUUAAAACAAAUAGUUCCUAAAGAAUCUCUAGUCUACUUUUUAAUUGGAAAGGUGCAUAAAAAAUUGGGUAAUACACAUUUUGCUUUGAUGAAUUUCUCAUGGGCAAUGGACUUGGAUCCAAAAGGAAUUAACAACCAGAUUAAAGAAGCUAUUGAUAAACGUUAUGUUACCGAGGAUGAUGAAUCUUUAGCAAGGUUAAAUGACACAGGUCUGGAUGAUGACAUAGGACUGGAAGAUGUUGUAGAUGGGAAUGAAGACUUACAAUUACAGGCCAUUGAAAGUGAUGAAAGCUUGUGAUAAUAGUCAUGUGAUUUUAUAUUGUCUGAGUCAGAAAAACUCAUUAUUCUGUGUCAGAAAGAUGCUUUUAUGGAAUGAAACUGCAGAUGUGAUAAUGAACUUGUUAUUUUGAGAAAUUAUUAGUACAUAGAUAAAAAAUUAUGUAGAAGAAUUAUAUUUUAAAGCUCAAUGCAUUUUUAAUUCUAAAUUCAGGCAUUAUUCAAAAGUCAAAAUGAAAGGGAAAAAAAAUCUGCCCCAAUACACUUUACCUUCUUAUGAUUAUAUUGCUGUAUAUCUUUUUCUUAAGCUAUAAUUAUAUUGUCUAAUCGGAGAAAAAGCAUAAUUUAACAUUAAACACAUUAUGUCUUAGAUUUGUGGAAUCAGUGUUUUGCAUAUUUGGAGUUAUUUUUAAAAUUUCUGCAUGUAAGCACAGUUUUUGGAAAUAAUACUUUUUUUUCCCUUUAUUAAUUAAGAUUAAAAAAAUUCUGUAUUAAGUUCAGUUUGUUUCAGCAAUUCACCGUUUCAUAAUCUAAAGUACUAUGGGUAAUUUCAUUGUUCGUAUCCCAGAAUGAAAAUGACAUCUCGUAAUUUCUAACCAAUUUUGGUGUACACUUGAAAAUAUUACCCAGAAUGUGGGUAGAUACUAAAACGGUGAACGAUGACAAACAUAUAUUUAAGUGCUUUGAUAUAGAACUUAUUGGGUUGUCUCCCUUUACUAUGUGCAGGAUAACAGACAACAAUCGUCUGUUUGAUGUUAUCACAUUUUAUAUUUUAUUGCUUUUGUUUCAUAUAAAGUUAUUUAUUAUUUGUUGUGAUAUAGUAUGAGUGAGAAACAGACCAUUUUAAAUAAAUUCAUUGAUUUUGCAAGUGUGAGAGAAAUUCUGAUGGUUUUACACUUCAAGUCGAACAUGUGAGAGAAACAGUGUCGAAAUGUUGGUGGCGAGACAAAUCUUAGGUCUAUCCUUUUCCUGAUUCUUUAAAAUUCUGUAUCACUGCUUAUCUCUUCUGGUAUCUAUUUUUGGUUUUAGAUCUAGUAGUGAAGGUUUUUUAAGAUAUUAUAUGUAAAUAGUCCAAUUUGGGUUUUUUUCUCCUUUUUUGGCAAUUCACCAAAAGUUUUUAUACAAAUUGUGUGACAGUCAUUAUGGCUUUUUAAUAGGAUCACGUGGAAAUCAGACUAGGUCAAGGAAAUUUGCCGUAAUCAUAAUGAACCAAUGAAAUGUUUUGGAAUUUAGAGAAAAAGGAGAAAAAAAUGUAAAAAACAUUGAAAUGAAAAAAAAUCAGACUCUUAGAGACUCUUUGUUUUAUCUCACUCACAUUCUUCUUUUUCACUUGUAUUUCAGUAUCUUAUGAUAAAAUCUAUCUAUACUAACUGUUAUUCCACUAUAUUGGAAGUGGAAGGGUAGGAAGGGACAUCCCAAAUCCUCCCACUGCCAAUAAACUUUCUUUGUGUAAUUUUGCAUACAUCAAAUGGACAUACACCCAUAAAUGAUCCUCAACCCAUGUCCAAAAAUAAACCUGUCCUUCAUAUUGUCCGUACUUGACCAUUAAAUUUUAUAUUUGACUUGUUAUGCCGAGCAUGAAACGGACAUAUAAUGGUCCUACCCUCUGACAUUCAUUUUAAUGGAAUAGUUUUAAAUGUAUAUGUUUGAAUUGAUACCCCCCUCCCCCUUAAUAAACAUAGAGAUACACAAUACAAUUGACUUGUGUACUUUUUAAAUUUUAUUAUCUUGUCAAAUCAGAAGAGAUUGUGUGAUGUGAGUAUGUGAACCAAAAUGGAUUAUCAAAUGUUUUUGUUAUAAGACUAGCUAGGUAUGAUCAAAUUUCUACAAAAUAAAAGUGGAAAUUUUAA